AUGUCGCAGUUUGCUGCAGCAAAGUUGUUCACACCAGAGGUCUACCACAAGACAAUUCACAUGAUCUUCGAGCACAUUCCAAGAGUAGAGACCAUGAUGGACGACAUCAUCGUCUGGGGGUCCACAAAAGAAGAACACAACGCGCGAGUGAGACAAGUGCUGGACCUGACACAGAAAGUCAACCUGAAACUAAACAAGGAAAAAUGCGAGUUUGGUGUGAAAACACUUACCUUCGUGGGAGACGUACUUUCAGAGGAUGGAGUCAAACCAGACCCGAGGAAAACAUCAACCAUCAACAACAUGGAGCGCCCGAAGAACAAGGACGACAUGUUUCUGACCUCCAUACUGUGGUCUGAUGAGAGUGAAGUAAUUGUCUACAGAUCAUUCCUGGAGUUUAAGGAGUUUCAUAGACAAUUGAAGAAGAGGUUUUCCCUUGGGAAUCCUUUCCGCAAGAGAGACAGAGUGAUUCCCAAAUUCAGAUCCACAGAGAUGAGGAGAAAGUUCCAGGAGAAGUAUUCUAGUUGGUCGAUGCGUCAGAUUAAUUUACUGGAGAACUACUGCAGCGACCUGCUCAGGUGUGACACGUCUGUGACCUUCAGUUCAGAGGUCACUCAAUUCUUCAUGCCCAAAGACCACGACCUGCAGGCAGACUUCACCAAGAACAGCAUCAUGAUCCUGCCAUUGAAGGAGGGGAACAUGAGCAGGCAGCGUCUGAGCAUGGGCAAUGGGACACACCCCUUUGUGAGCCAGUCUUACCGCUGUGUGGGGCCCUACGACACCAAAGACACUAAGAACAGGCCCUUUAAAGUGGCCUUGGAUGAGAGGCUGGACGUGCUCAUCAAAGACCAGGCAGGCUGGUGGCUGGUGGAGAACGAGGAUAAACAGUUGGCCUGGUUCCCUGCUCCCUACCUGGAGAUGUGUGAGACAGAGGAGGAUGGAGAUGAAUUGGAUGGAAUUCCCUUGGGGGGAACUCUCUUCUGCGCUGUGAAGAGUUACUCCACUAAGAAUCAUGACGAGGUGCCUGUUCCUAUUGGCUCUGUGGUAGAGGUGCUGAGGAAAUCAAACGACGGAUGGUGGCUCAUCAGGUAUAAUGGCAGGACAGGCUAUGUCCCCUCCAUGUACCUGCAGCCUUACAACAACCCAUGUGCUGGCUUCCUCACCCUGCAGAGGAAGCUGCACAGCUCCUCUCUCAAUCUGGCAACCCACCGCUACCCAGCCACCUUGUAUGAGGAGACAGAGCUGCAGGAGCACACGACCCAGCCCAGGGGUGAUCCGUAUCGGGCCCCCCGUCUCCAAAAGACCCGCUCUCUGGAGCUCCUGUCUGAGACCCGUCCCGGCACGGCCGUCCCUCCAUCCCAGAGAGAGAAAGAAGACCUGGAGUCAAACCUGGAUCCGGCAAUCCGCAAGAGCACCAUCAGCGGGGCCAGGUCCUCCAACUCUGACUUCAGCUCGUCAGGCAUUGAGUCUCUGGGCCGGAGUGUCGGGGGGCCUUCCACCAGUGAGGAGGAGCCCCAGAGCCCCCCACACAGCCCCAAGUCCUCACCCCAGCCAAGGGAGAGCAACAGUGGAUGCAGCAGCCCAGAUGAGAGCCUCUCCUCCAGCUCCAGGCCUGCGGCUGGGUCCUGUAAGAUGCCCACCGCUGCCCCCAGGGUGCCCCCGCGACCCAGAGCCCAGGAGAUCCUGACCCGAUGUACCUCCAUUACCUGCAAGGCUGCCCUGGCCUCCAGGGGGGAGUUCUCCCUGCAGGACCGCAUCCAGACCGACUAG